UUUCAUCCAAUUCUUUCCCCCUUUUUGGCCCUCUCGAUUUCUGCAUAUUUCAUUCAAUUAUUCAACUCACUUCACACCUCCCCUCCCAUACUUUUGCUUCGCUUUUUCUUUCCUGCCACUUUCUCUUCCACAUAUAUAUAUCAUUGCUUUUCAUGAAGUGAGAGUUGUAAAGUUUAGAACAACCAAGCAACACAUUUACAGAAUGCAAGUGUUUGGCCAAGCAGAAAAUUCAAACACUGAAGAACCCUCCAUUAAUUCCCCUCAUCACUUGCCUCCAAUAAUGUCUUCUUCUUUCCCUAUAACCCUCAAGUUCAUGGAGGUAUGCUAUAGAGUAAAGCUGAAGAGCAAAAAUUCAGGAGGGGGAAGCUUGAGAAAGAUGCUCACGAGCAACGGGCCCACAUCUUCUGAUGUUGAGAAUCCAACGGCCGUGAUUGAAGAACGCACAAUCUUGAGCGGCAUCACAGGAAUGGUUUCUCCAGGUGAAAUCCUAGCCAUUCUUGGUCCAUCAGGCAGUGGGAAAUCAACGCUGUUGAAUGCAUUAGCCGGAAGACUCCAACAUAGCCACGGCCUCACCGGAACAGUCCUUGCCAACAACCGGAAACUGAGCAAACCGGUUCUUAGAAGGACGGGGUUCGUAGCUCAGGAUGAUGUUCUUUACCCGCACUUAACCGUGCGGGAAACCCUAGUUUUCUGCUCACUGCUGAGGCUACCGAACUCGCUGACGAAGAAAGAAAAGAUCUCCAUAGCUGACUCAGUCAUGAGCGAGUUGGGCUUGGUGAAGUGCGAGAAUACAAUCAUCGGAAACAGCUUCAUACGAGGGAUUUCCGGCGGAGAAAGAAAAAGAGUCAGCAUAGCUCAUGAAAUGCUGAUAAACCCUAGUUUGUUAAUUCUCGAUGAGCCCACAUCAGGGUUGGAUUCGACGGCGGCGUUUCGGUUGGUUUCGACGCUGGGAUCGUUGGCUCGGAAGGGAAAAACCAUUGUCACCUCGGUUCACCAGCCAUCAAGCCGGGUUUAUCAGAUGUUCGACUCGGUUUUGGUGUUGUCGGAAGGGAGGAGUGUAUAUUUUGGGAAAGGCAAUGACGCAAUGAACUAUUUUGAGUCUGUUGGAUUUGCUCCAUCUUUUCCCAUGAAUCCGGCGGAUUUCCUGCUUGAUCUCGCUAACGGUGUAUGUCAUCUUGGAAACAAUGACAAAGAAAGGCCUAGUGUGAAGCAAACUCUUGUAUCUUCCUACAACAGAUUGCUAGCUCCAAAUGUAAAAGCUGCAUGUCUUGAAACAUCCACAAGUACAGGUCCAAGAGAGAUGAUGGUACGAAUUUGUAGCCCUAAAGAUCAGUUUAGAAGCAGCUGGACGAGUAAUGUUUCCACUUGGUUCAAUCAGUUCAGCAUUCUCCUAGAAAGAAGCCUCAAGGAGAGGAGGCAUGAAACCUUCAACUCCUUGAGAGUCUUUCAAGUAAUUGCAGCCUCAUUGUUAGCUGGAUUCAUGUGGUGGCAUUCUGAUUUUCGGAAUAUUCAGGACCGCCUUGGCCUUCUCUUCUUCAUUGCAAUCUUCUGGGGAGUUCUCCCAUCUUUCAAUGCCACAUUUGUUUUCCCUCAGGAACGCGCCAUCUUUAUGAAGGAAAGAGCUUCGGGGAUGUAUACAUUGUCUUCCUAUUUCAUGUCGCGGAUCGUAGGAGACAUGCCUAUGGAGCUCAUUCUCCCCGCUAUAUUUGUCACAAUAACCUAUUGGAUGGCAGGGCUGAAACCUGAACUCGCGGCCUUUAUCUUAACGCUGAUGGUUGCGCUUGGAUACGUGCUUGUGUCUCAAGGUCUCGGCCUAGCUCUUGGUGCACUGAUCAUGGAUGCAAAACAGGCUUCAACUGUGGUAACUGUCACAAUGCUGGCAUUUGUUCUAACAGGAGGAUUUUACGUGCAUAAAGUACCUUCAUGCAUGGCUUGGAUUAAGUACAUUUCUUCCACAUUUUAUGCCUAUAGACUUCUAAUAAAUAUCCAAUAUGGGGAAGGAAAGGAAAUUUCCUCAUUGAUGGGCUGCUUACAACAUGGAAGUGAUAGAGCCAUCUGCAAUUUUAUUGAUGAAGACAUUGGGGGACAAAUUCACCCGCUGACAAGUUCUGCAAUUUUGCUGCUAAUGUUUUUGGGCUAUAGGUUGGUAGCUUAUCUUGCACUUAGGUUUAUGAGAUCCUAAAAAACAAAAGGAACUUUGAUUCAGAUUUCAAAUCCUCAAUCUUGACAUAUUAGAUUUGCUGAGCUGCUUCUGGAAAGCUGGCUAGCAGCUCCUUCAGGCUUCAGAUGUUGCCAUCAAAUAUAUAUAUAUAGGCCAAAUGGGGAUAUCUUUUAGAGGCUGGUCAUUGAGGUAUUCAAGAGAUUGAAGGUGGCAAACAAUUGUAAAGAAUCUUGUUACAGCAAGCUAUAAAGUCCAUUCCUUAACAAAAUCGAUUGGCAAUAAAUUGAUGAUUUUACAGUUCACUUUGAAA